UCGUUCGAUCCCUGCGCUCCUGACCUUGUGGGACAUGUGAUGCCCAAGCGCCCAGGUACCCAGAAUUUCAAGGGCGCUUGUGCAGCUCGGCAGUAUCUAGAAUCUCUCAGCAAGAACGCGGUUCUGACGUCAACCUCCAAGGCUGUGCUUGUGCGGAGCGGCUCCAGGCAAGAUGAUCCGUUGUCACGGCGCCUAUCCCUACAACGCCGUCCGUCCUAUAACAGGAUAUCUAUUUGUCGAUUGUGUCGAUGAGCUUGGAGCGCUGGAUGCCUGUUCCAGACAUGACUGCUCGGCCAGGCGGCUAAAUUUCCACUAUCACCCACCGAUCUGUACCCUGUUCGCCCACACGUUGUUCCGCUUGGUCCUCACUCAGUGAUACAACGUGUACGGUUGCACAUGGGUUGGUGGGAUCGAAGACUAUAUGCGCACUACCUGGGCGUUUCUAUCUGAACGUCCUUGUCGCCGCCGGUAUGCGAAUAUAUCAAUCCCGUAUUUUGUUCAUCUUUAAGGAACCUCGCUGUACCGAUCACUCAGAUCACUAAACAUGAAUGAAGAUCACACUUGGAUGGGAUCUCGAC